AAGAAAGUAAAUUUCAAAUAUUCUCACCAAAAAAAAGAUAAGUAUUUGAAGCAAUGGACAUGUUAAUUGGCUUAAUUUAAUUAUUCCACAUGAUAUUCAUAAAUCAUAGUAUCACUUUGUGCUCCAUAGAUACCUAUAAUUAUAAAUUGUAAACUUAAAAAAAAAUGUUUAAUGACGUGGCAAGACUAUAUAGCCCACAAAGCUGAAAUAUUUAUUGUCUGGCCCUUUACAGAAAGAGUUUUCUAACUCCCGAUUUUGAGGCCCCUUCUCUGAAAGGAGGUGGGUCUCACCAGAGGCUGCAGGAGGUCUGAACGUCUGUUUUGAAUCCGAGGGUAGGCACUUACAGAAAAAGAGGUGUCACCAUCAACAAAGAGUAGAUUUCUAGUUCUCUUCAGGAUUUCUGGAGACUGGCAGACUAACCCAACACUGAGGGAUUGCUGGGCUAGAAACAGUGAAAACUUGUGUUGGGUUUAGAAUACAGUAUCGCCUUUGUUCUAACUAAGCAGUGGAAUACAUCCCUCAUUAAUGUUGCUCUCUCAGGCCUUUUAGGCUACGUUCCAGUGAGUCCUGCUGCUGAAUGGCACAUCAGUGGGAUAUAGGCCUCAGAUCAGUGUCCUGGGCCUACAAACAGGAGAGAAUUAGCUUUGCGGCUCCUAGAUAGAUAAGGUAGUAAGUGAAAUUGUUUCUUUUGCUUGCAUAUUUCUAAAUUCCGUAUUACAUGUUAGUGGAAAUUAAUACCUUAUGUCUAGGUAGGCAUAUUCCUAACUAUUUCACCUGAUCCUCAAACCAGUGGUGGGGAUUAUAGGCCUAAAAGAAGGGCACUGCAUCUCUGGGCACAGACCAGGCCCACUUCCUAACAUGGCCACUGUGACCCUAGAAGAGGGAGGACACAGGAGAUCAGGGCACCCUACCUGCAUGCAUGGAUGACCAUUGUAUUUCUGAAAUACUUUAGUCUAAAGACUGCAGAAUUUACAUUUCCCUUAUUCUUUUUAUUUUUCAAAUAUUUUUUUCUUACCACAUACCAGAAGAUGGAUAGUUAGUCUUUUUUCUAGAUGGUAAAUAUAGAGCUUUGAGAGAACAGGUACCUUGACCCAGAUGACCCAGCAAGUUGGAGGAAAAGCCAAGAAUGAAAGUAGUGUUUCUGUCCUUGAGCAUCCUGCCACUGUCCUAGGCAUGGGUAGCUUCCAGAUGAAGCUAAGAUCAAACUCCUUUAUCACUAGUGAUCAAAUCUGGUUGUUUCUAAGGCUGCACUGUUGUUCUGAUGACUGAGUGGAUAAUCCUGGAAUGACAGGAAAAAAUGUAUUAAAUGAGUCGCUCACCAGCCUGCCUUCUUGCCAGCACCCUGGCUUCUUAAGGUAUUAACAUGUUGUGUCACUGACGAUGACCUGUGAUGGCAAGAAGAUGACAGAGUCACUGUUCCUGUGCGCUUGGCUGCUCGGCUGCUUUGUUUGCAUGUCAGCAUUCCUACCUGGUGUGUGGUACAUUUUUGUCAUUCCACGGCAGUCUGCUGUGCUCCUGGCUCCAGAGUGAGCCAGUCUAUAUCUAUUUACAUCAGCUCUUCAGCUGUGAGGCUCCUCACGCUCCUGUCCUCCUGAUGGGGCAAGUAGACACUGUGGCAAAAGCUGCCUUCCAGGGAGGUUAGUGGGAUAUCCACAGAGUUCCAGAUACUGUAGUCAAAGUAUAAAGCUCCUGGGACACCAGUCUCUAGGUCUUGCAGGGAUGAAGAAGCUUUCAGGAGAGAUUAUCUAGGUACUGGCUCCUGGCCCAAUGAGAUUUCUAUCCCAGGGUGUCAUAUCUAGGAAGAAAUCUCUGGUGGCAGAUUUUCAAGGAAUUUGAUGUACCUGCUUAAAACCAUGCAAAUUGGUUGAGGACUAGCCUAACUUAGCCAUCCUCUGUCUCAGAUUCCUGUAAAACCUUCCCAAGCAGGCUUUUUCUUUUUCUUUACAAUGUCAGCACUCAACGCCCUAGUCGGGGACUUAUGACUGAUAAGGCUGAGUUUCUGGGUAGUUGAGUGGCACUCUUUCUUUGAUUUUAUUCAGAUCAUUUCAGUGCAGCCAAUGUGUGUGUGUGUACCCUGUCCAGAACAGCGGGGCCUACCUGACUCAGAGUACUAUGAGCAAUAGCUUUCAACUUGAGGCCCACCUGGUCCCAGAGGUUUGGCACUAGACAGCUGGACAUAUGAAAGCUCUAUUUGUUCCUCUUCCUCUUCCCUGUCGCUGUUUAAUGCUGAACUGUUUUCAACAAGGCUUGCUUCCUAUAGAAUCCAACUUAGCAACCUGGAGAAGCCUGAGGCCACUCCUGGAGCAGGAAGCUGCCCUAGAUUUGGCAGUAACCAGUAGAACUUGAUACUGACGCCAGAGUGUAAAAAUAAACACCUCCUACAGUUCUGUCUUAAUCCAUUGGCAUCAGAGUUGCUAUUAUUAACCCAUAGGCCUCACAGGCAGCUGUGAUGGUCAGACAGCACCCUGGACAAAACCUAUCCUGCCAACUUGGGAUCACACACUCUCCCCUUCCCUACUGGGAUAUGAUCUGGGGCCCCAGGAGAAGCACCAUCAGUCUAGGAACACGCCUUGCAACAGUUCACUUGCUCCUGCAAAUACGCACUUGAGAGCCAUCCUCCAAGCAAAGCAGUCUGUGCGGGGGCUUUCAGCAUCCACCCCUCAUACACUGCCUCUGGUCUUGGUGGCUUCCUGCUCGCCUGCUGCUCACCUCCACCUAGCACUGGGAGGCUUCAGCCUGUGGGCCUUGUUCACUGCGGCACUCUCCAUCCCCUCAUCUGAAGAACUCGGUCUAUCAAGGUGCCAAGCUCUCCUGAUGAAAUGUGUUCUGUCCCACUGGGCUCCGGGGACAGUGUCUGGUGCUGUUGAUGCCCUUAUUCGAACUUUCCAGAAUGGAUAGUCCCCCAAAGCUGACUGGAGAGACCCUCAUCGUUCAUCACAUCCCUCUGGUGCACUGUCAAGUCCCAGACAGGCAGUGCUGUGGAGGGGCAGGCGGAGGCAGUGGGAGCACAAGACCUAAUCCCUUCUGCCCACCUGAGCUAGGCAUCACCCAGCCCGAUCAAGACCUAGGACAAGCCGACUCCCUGCUAUACAGCAGCCUGCACUCUGCUCCAGGAGGAACUGCACGGUCUACAGACAGCAAGAUUAGGAGUCGGGAUGGAAGAGGUCCUGGAGCCCCCAAACGACACAACCCCUUCUUGCUGCAGGAUGGUGUGGGUGACCCAGGACUUGGUGACCUGUAUGAUGACAGCAUUGGUGACAGUGCCACCCAGCAGUCCUUCCACCUGCAUGGCACUGGCCAGCCCACCUUCCAUCUAUCCUCUUUCCAGCUGCCACCAUCUGGCCCCGGAGUGGGCAGGCCAUGGGGGCCGACACGCAGUCGGGCUGGAGUGGUGGAAGGGCAGGAGCAGGAGCCAGUGAUGACCUUAAAUACUCAGCAGUGUGACACCAGCCGCUGCUGCCGGCCAGAGCUGGAAGCAGAGACCAUGGAGCUGGAUGAGUGUGGGGGACCUGGUGGGAGUGGCAGCGGGGGUGGAGCCAGUGAUACCUCUGGCUUUUCCUUUGACCAGGAAUGGAAGCUUAGUUCAGAUGAAUCCCCAAGGAACCCAGGAUGCUCUGGCUCAGGAGCCCAGCACUGCCGCUGCAGUAGCACAUCCAGUCAGUCUGAGGCAGCUGAUCAGUCUAUGGGCUACGUGAGCGACUCCUCCUGCAACAGUUCAGAUGGUGUGCUGGUCACCUUCAGCACCCUCUACAACAAGAUGCAUGGCACCCCCCGUGCCAAUCUCAACUCUGCCCCACAGUCCUGCAGCGACUCUUCCUUCUGCAGCCACUCAGACCCUGGCGCCUUCUACCUGGAUCUGCAGCCCUCCCCAGCUGAGUCUAAGAUGUCUUGUGAGUCACAUCACCCUGAAAGUACAGGAAGGGAAGGGGGCUAUGGUUGCCCUCAUGCCUCAUCUCCUGAGCUUGAUGCCAACUGCAACUCCUACCGCCCACACUGUGAGCCGUGCCCAGCAGUGGCUGACCUCACAGCCUGCUUCCAGAGCCAGGCCCGUCUUGUUGUGGCCACACAAAAUUACUAUAAACUUGUCACCUGUGACCUCUCCUCCCAAUCAUCCCCAAGCCCUGCUGGCUCUUCCAUCACUAGCUGCUCUGAGGAACACACCAAGAUAAGUCCCCCACCAGGCCCUGGCCCAGACCCAGGCCCCAGCCAGCCCUCUGAGUAUUACCUAUUCCAGAAGCCAGAAGUCCAACCAGCGGAACAAGAGGGAGUGAGUUCCUCCGUCCAAGCAACAGCUGCUAUGGGCCCCACUGUGCUUGAGGGGCAAGUGUACACGAAUACUUCACCUCCCAACCUCAGCACUGGACGUCAGCGCUCCCGCAGCUAUGAUCGCAGCCUGCAGCGCAGCCCUCCUGUCCGCCUGGGCUCACUGGAACGCAUGUUGAGUUGCCCAGUGCGCUUGAGUGAGGGCCCUGGAGCCAUGGCUGGGCCCAGCUCCCCACCCAGGAGAGUCACCUCCUUUGCUGAGCUGGCCAAGGGCCGGAAGAAAACUGGAGGCUCUGGCUCACCGCCACUUCGUGUGAGUGUUGGGGACUCCUCCCAGGAGUUCUCACCCAUCCAAGAAGCCCAGCAAGAUCAGGGGGCCCCACUGGAUGAGGGCACUCGCUGUAGUCAUAGCCUGCCACCCAUGUCCUUGGGGCCAGGCAUGGACCUACUUGGCCCAGAGCCAAGUCCACCCUGGUCCACCCAGGUCUGUCAGGGACCCCGCGCCAAUGAGAUGCCUCCUGCUGGCCUCAGAGCUGCUGGGCAAGGCCCACUGGCUCAGCUGAUGGAUCCAGGGACUGCUCUCCCAGGGAGCCCAGCCAACAGCCAUACCCAAAGGGAUACAAGAGCUAGAGCUGACGGGGGUGGCACUGAAAGCCGACCAGUCCUUCGCUACAGCAAGGAACAGAGGCCAACCACGCUGCCCAUCCAGCCCUUCGUGUUCCAGCACCACUUCCCCAAGCAGCUGGCCAAGGCCCGGGCCCUCCACAACCUUUCCCAGCUCUACAACCUCUCAGGCUGCAGCCGUACACAGCAGCCUGCCCCAGUGGCUGCCCCCACUGCUCAAGUCUCAGUCCCAGCUCCCUCAGGGGAGCUGCAGGCAUCCACUCCCCGAGCCACUGGCAGAGGUGCCAGGAAAGCUGGGUCUGAGCCAGAGACCUCUCGGCCAUCGCCCCUGGGCAGCUACUCCCCCAUCCGGAGUGUUGGCCCCUUUGGGCCCAGCACUGACUCUUCUGCCUCUACUUCGUGCUCCCCUCCCCCAGAGCAGCCCACAGCCACAGAAAGCCUGCCCCCAUGGAGCCACUCCUGUCCUGCCGUCCGGCCUGAUACCUCCCAGCAGCCGCAGAAGGAGGAUCAGAAGAUACUGACCUUAGCUGAGUACCGGCUCCAUGGAACAGGAAGCUUGCCGCCUCUGGGCUCUUGGCGAUCUGGCCUCAGCCGAGCAGAGAGCCUGGCCCGGGGAGGUGGCGAGGGCAGCAUGGCCACCAGGCCCAGUAAUGCCAACCAUCUAUCCCCUCAAGCCCUCAAGUGGCGGGAAUACAGGAGGAAGAACCCGCUAGGGCCACCUGGUUUGUCAGGGAGCCUAGACCGAAGAUCACAAGAAGCUCGGCUGGCCCGAAGAAACCCUAUCUUUGAGUUCCCUGGCUCCCUCAGUGCUGCCAGCCAUCUGAACUGUCGGCUGAAUGGCCAAGCAGUGAAGCCAUUACCACUGACCUGCCCUGACUUCCAGGACCCCUUUUCCUUGACGGAGAAGCCUCCAGCUGAGUUUUGUCUGUCCCCAGAUGGCAGCUCAGAGGCCAUUUCCAUUGACCUGCUUCAGAAAAAAGGGCUGGUAAAAGCUGUUAACACCGCUGUGGACCUCAUUGUGGCCCAUUUUGGCACAAGUCGGGAUCCCGGGGUGAAGGCAAAGCUGGGAAACAGUUCUGUGAGCCCCAAUGUGGGUCACCUCGUUCUGAAGUACUUGUGCCCUGCUGUCCGAGCCGUGCUGGAGGAUGGGCUCAAGGCCUUUGUACUGGACGUUAUCAUUGGGCAGCGUAAGAACAUGCCAUGGAGUGUGGUUGAGGCUUCCACACAGCUAGGCCCAUCCACCAAGGUCCUGCAUGGCCUCUACAACAAAGUCAGCCAAUUCCCAGAGCUCACCAGUCAUACCAUGCGCUUCAAUGCCUUCAUCCUCGGCCUGCUCAACAUCCGGUCCCUGGAGUUCUGGUUUAAUCACCUCUAUAACCACGAAGACAUCAUCCAGACCCACUACCAGCCCUGGGGCUUCCUGAGUGCAGCUCAUACCGUGUGCCCUGGCCUCUUUGAAGAGCUGCUGCUGCUGCUACAGCCCCUAGCCCUGCUGCCUUUCAGCCUCGACUUGCUGUUCCAGCACCGGCUGCUGCAAAGUGGGCAGCAGCAGCGGCAGCACAAGGAACUGCUGCGGGUGUCCCAGGACCUGCUGCUGUCUGCCCACUCCACGCUGCAGUUGGCCCGGGCCCGGGGCCAGGAAGGCCCUGGAGAUGUGGACAGGGCAGCCCAGGGGGAGCGGGUGAAGGGUGUGGGUGCUUCAGAAGGUGGAGAAGAGGAAGACGAGGAGACAGAAGAGGUGACAGAGGCAGCUGGGGGCUCAGGGCGUGGCAGGUGGGCCCAAGGCGGGCAUGCCGGCUGGUGGUACCAGCUCAUGCAGAGCUCCCAGGUCUACAUCGAUGGCUCCACUGAGGGUUCCAGAUUCCCUCGUGGCAGCAGCAAUAGCAGCAGUGAGAAAAAGAAAGGGGUAGGAGGCGGGGGGCCUCCCCAGGCUCCACCACCCCGAGAAGGAGUAGUAGAGGGGGCUGAGGCCUGCCCUGCCCCUGAGGAGGCCCUGGGCCGGGAAAGGGGCUGGCCCUUCUGGAUGGGGAGCCCCCCUGACUCUGUGCUGGCUGAGCUGAGGCGUAGUCGGGAGAGGGAAGGGCCCGCUGCACCACCAGCAGAAAAUGAGGAAGGGGCCUCAGAGGCUUCACCUGGAGGCAUCAAGUGGGGACACCUCUUUGGCUCCCGAAAAGCCCAGCGGGAGGCCCGGCCCGCAAACAGACUCCCCUCGGACUGGCUGAGCCUGGACAAGUCCAUGUUCCAACUAGUGGCACAGACAAUGGGUGCCCGCCGGGAGACAGAGUCCAAGGACAGCCUGCAGGAGCCACACUCUCCAGCCCUGCCCUCUAGUCCUCCAUGCGAGGUACAGGCACUGUGCCACCACCUGGCCACCGGCCCUGGACAGCUGAGUUUCCACAAAGGAGACAUCCUUCGAGUGCUGGGGCGAGCUGGAGGAGACUGGCUGCGCUGUAGCCGUGGCCCUGACUCUGGCCUGGUGCCACUGGCCUACGUGACAUUGACCCCAACUCCAAGUCUGACCCCUGGAAGCAGCCAAAACUGAGGCCUUGUGCAUGCUGGUGGCCUCAGGGGCCCUCAUAACCCCCAGACUCAGAGCCCAAGAGCCCUUCCCAAGCCCUCGGCUUGGCUACAGAGAGUAGACGGAGAGCUGGGGCCAAGUAUCCCUGUGCUGGCACCUGCUCCCUGUGCUCAGUAUUAAUUACGCCCCCUUAACUGUCCCAGUGACCUCGUCCAGACCUCCACCCAGGAAAGGAGGGACGGGAUGCAGCACUGGGCUGCCAGGAUUCCCCUGGCCCGUCUGGGCCAGCCCUUUCAUGGGUGUAGACAAGCAAGUCCCAUGGAAGCAGGUGGCCCAGAAAGCCAUCUGCAGGGUUCCCUAGGCCAGGUGGAGAUGAGGAUGUGUAACAGUAUUGGGGCCAGAUUCCCUAAGCCCCCAGCUGUAAAUAGGCUGUGGCCAGUGCCUGGUCAUCAGAAGAGGGAGGAGGAGCCCAGGUGUCUGUUUAUGUAUGUAUUUAUUUAUUUAUUAUACCUAUUAAUAAAAAAGGUGCUCAGCCUCCA